AUGACGGUUUUGACUAGUGUUACGGAUACAUUUACUGUGGAUAAAGUGACUGAAAACCAUAUACCCUUAUAUCAUCCUAAUAAAACAUCAACGGUUAAUGUCUCAUAUCACUAUAAUCCCGAAGUGAGUCGAUAUCAUUAUGGAGCACUACAUCCUAUGAAACCUUUUAGGCUAAUGUUGACUGAUCAUUUGGUAAUACUGUAUAAACUUUACGAGAAGAUGGAUUUGUACACUCCGAGGAAAGCCACCAAAGACGAGCUACUACAGUUUCAUUCCGAAGACUAUAUAAAUUUUUUACAAUCAAUAACUCCGGAAACAUGCAAGACCUUAGAUGACCAGACUUUGGCACAGUUCAAUAUUGGUGACGAUUGUCCCAUAUUCGACGGAAUGUAUGAUUACCUGGCGAUUUACGCAGGCGCAUCGUUAGAUGCCACGAGAAAGUUGAUUAGUGGGAUGUCUGAUAUUGCCAUCAACUGGUCUGGUGGUUUACACCAUGCCAAAAAAUUCGAGCCUAGUGGGUUUUGUUAUGUCAACGAUAUAGUUUUGAGCAUUAUCAAUCUACUACGAGUCCACCCACGAGUAAUGUAUAUUGAUAUUGACCUACAUCAUGGAGAUGGAGUGCAGGAGGCGUUUUAUACGACUGACCGCGUUAUGACUGUGAGUUUUCACAAAUACAAUGGAGAGUUUUUCCCAGGUACAGGCUCGGUUGACGAAAUUGGGAUUGGCAAAGGUCGCAAUUUUGCAAUAAAUGUCCCCUUGCGAGAUGGAAUCGAUGAUGAAAGUUAUGUACGCUUAUUCAAGCUGAUUAUGGAACCACUCAUCACAAAGUUUCAGCCAACGUGUAUAGUGCAACAGUGUGGGGCCGACUCUUUGGGCUACGAUAGAUUGGGCUGCUUCAACUUGAAUAUCAGAGCACAUGGCGAAUGUGUUAAUUUUAUUAAAAGCUUUGGAAUUCCAAUGCUAGUUUUGGGCGGUGGUGGGUACACCCCAAGAAAUGUGAGCAGGUUAUGGUGCUACGAAACUUCCGUUUUAAACGAUGUCACAUUAGAUCACAAGAUUCCAAACUAUUUACCAACUUAUGAUUGGUUUGGUCCCGAUUUCUCGUUACAUCCACAACUAGAAGGAAGAAUGGAUAACAAAAAUAGUAGAAAGUACCUCGAAAGUGUCAAACAGGAAAUUAUGGAACAAAUACGAUUCCUAAACCACGCUCCCUCGGUGCAAAUGUAUGAAAUUCCCCCAGAUAUAACGGGUCUAACAGAAGAGGAAGAUAAGAUCAUUAAGGAGAUGAACGAAGAAAACGAAGAGAUGGAUAAAGAAACUAAAUGA